AUGAUUGGUGUUAGUUUAUUGAGAGCUAAAGUAUUUACCAACACGCGAACGUCCGUUUUUAGAGCUUUAACAACCAUGACAAAUCCUAAGUGUUUUUUUGACGUUGAGGUUGAUGGCGAAAGUCUCGGCAGAAUCGUAUUUGAACUUAGGAAGGAUGUCUGUCCCCAGACUGGCGAACAUGGUAAAACUUAUAAGGGCUCCGCCUUUCAUCGUAUCAUUCCUCAAUUUAUGAUUCAAGGUGGUGACUUUACCAGAGGUGACGGAACUGGCGGUGAAUCCAUUUAUGGUGCUAAAUUCCCUGAUGAAAAUUUCCAAUUGAAACACACUGGACCUGGUAUUCUUUCAAUGGCUAAUGCUGGACCCAACACUAAUGGAUCUCAAUUCUUUAUUUGCACUGUAAAGACUAACUGGUUAGAUAAUAAGCAUGUCGUUUUUGGACAAGUGGUUGAAGGUAUGGAUGUUGUGUACAAAGUUGAAUCUUUUGGUACAUCUAGCGGUGCCGUGAAGGACAGAAAGCGAAUCAAGAUUGCUAAUUGUGGUGAAUGUUAA